AUGGGAGGAAUCAUAGUUGCCCUGUGUUUAUGGCUAUUUGCUGCAUUGGCUAAUGCUGAGGAUCCUUACUUGCACUUCACAUGGAAUGUCAGCUACGGCACCCUUUCACCUUUGGGAAUUCCUCAGCAAGUUAUUCUCAUCAAUGGCAAGUUCCCUGGCCCCAACAUCAAUUCCACCUCAAACAACAACAUUGUCCUCAACGUCUUUAAUAAUCUCGACGAGCCUCUUCUAUUCACAUGGAUGGGAAUUCAGCAGAGGAAGAACUCAUGGCAAGAUGGGGUCUUCGGAACCAAUUGCCCUAUUCUUCCGGGAACCAAUUACACCUACAGAUUCCAAGUCAAGGACCAGAUCGGCAGCUACUUCUACUACCCCACCACCUACAUGCACCGAGCUGCCGGAGGCUUCGGCGGCCUCCGCAUCAACAGCCGCCUCCUCAUCCCCGUCCCCUACCCCGACCCUGAGGACGAUUACACCGUCCUCAUCGGCGAUUGGUACACUGAUUCUCACCAUAUCCUCAAGAAAUACCUCGACGUGGGCCGCUCCCUCGCCCGCCCCGACGGCGUACUAGUCAACGGCAAGAACGCCAAGGGGGACGGCUCCGACGAGCCCCUCUUCACCAUGAAGCCCGGUAAGACUUACAAGUAUAGAGUCUGUAAUGUUGGGCUGAAAAACUCCCUCAAUUUCAGAAUCCAAGGACACACUUUGAAGGUCGUCGAGAUGGAAGGCUCUCACACCGUUCAGAAUACUUACGACUCUCUCGACGUUCACGUCGGCCAGUGCUUCUCUGUCCUCGUCGAAGCCAACCAAUUCCCCAACAGGGAUUACUUCAUGGUGGCCUCAACCCGCUUCACCAAGAACGUGCUCGUCGGAAAAGGUAUCAUCCGCUACACCACGGCCAAAAACCCUUCUCCGCCGUCGCCUGAGCUCCCCGAGGCUCCCGUCGGCUGGGCUUGGUCUCUGAACCAGUUCAGGUCGUUCCGGUGGAAUCUGACAGCCAGCGCAGCCAGGCCUAACCCUCAGGGAUCGUACCACUACGGAAAAAUCAACAUCACUCGCACCAUCAAGCUCGUCAACUCAGCCGGGAGGAUCCAAGGGAAGCUCCGGUACGCCAUCAACGGCGUCUCCCAUGUGGACCCUUACACUCCGAUGAAGCUGGCCGAGUACUACCAGGUGGCUGAUAAGAUUUUCAAGUACGACAUUAUCAAGGACGAGCCUCCCACCGAUUUGGAAAAGAUGACGGUGGCGACUAACGUGGUGAGCCAGCCGUUCCGGAAUUUCGUUGAGAUUAUCUUCGAGAACCGGGAGAAGAGUAUUCAGUCUUGGCAUUUGGAUGGCUAUUCCUUCUUCGCUGUGGCGAUCGAGCCAGGUCGGUGGACGCCGGAGAAGAGAAAAGGGUACAAUCUUCUCGACGGAGUGAGCCGCCACACAAUCCAGGUGUACCCGAAGUCGUGGGCGGCGAUCAUGUUGACGUUCGACAACGCCGGGAUGUGGAACCUGAGAUCGGAGAUAGCGGAGCGCCGCUAUCUAGGGCAGCAGAUGUACGUGAGCGUUCUUUCGCCGGCGAGGUCUCUCAGAGACGAGUACAACAUGCCCGACAACGCCUUGCUCUGUGGCAUUGUGAAGGACAUGCCAUGGCCACCUCCUUACAGUAUCUCCGAGUGAGCCAUGCAUGGCUUUUCCAUGGCUUCUCUGCUAUAAUAUGAGUCCUACUACCAUUGCUACGUAAUAGUACGAUGAUCGAUACGUACAGAUGAUGAUGAUGAUCUCACCAUCAUCAAUACUUGAUCCAAUUUUUUUUAUAUGUUUUUUUUGUUUUGGUUUUGUUGUAUUCUUUUUUUUUAGAAGGAAUAUUGAUCAUAUCCAUUAUUUAUUCUUUGAUUUCAAUGGGCAUUGAGUGAGUAAUAAGAAGGUUUAUAUACUUUCUUUAUAUAUAUUUUAUAAUUAGUGAAUUAAGUAAUUACAAAAA